CAAAAUUUAUCCUUAACGUAGUGUUUAGUUGUCUCAUUAGCAUCGUUGCAUAGUGUUUUCGUUCGUUUCGGCUAUGCAAAACUUCAACUAUCUGCUAACACUGGCUAUCUUUGCCUUUGUGGGAGCUGCAGAUGAGGCCAACAAAAUAAUUAAUUGCUAUUUUGGCUCUUGGGCUGUAGUGCAAGAAAGCUCACAAUUUAAACUCGAAUCGUUGAAUGCCAAUUUUUGUACUCACUUGAGUUGUGUCUACUUUGAUGUGGCCAGCAAUGGGUCAUUGGAUGCCUUAAAUAACCCAAAUGAUGCCAAUAUCGUUGCAAGUAAACGAGCCAUGACUUUGAAACGGAAAAGUUCCUACUUGAAGUCAAUCAUUGCUGUUGUUGGUGGGCCAAAAACAAAUUUUAUUAACAUAGCAGUAGAUGAAAUCAAACGGGAAAUUUUUAUAUUUUCUGUUUUGACAUUGCUUAUCGAAUAUGGCUUUGAUGGAGUUGAUCUAUUUUGGCCCAAUGUAGGUCGAUAUGAUGGUGAAGCCUAUUUAUUGAAUACACUUCUUUCUAAUUUGGGAAAUGCAGUGAAGGCCUUUAACUUUUCCUUGAGCAUCUCGCUGAAGGGUGAACUCAAGGACAUGCAGCAAUGGUCCAAAAUUACAGACCUGUGGAAAGAGGUGGAUUACGUGAAUGUUAUGGCCUUUAACUAUACCGAUACCUUUUAUCAUGCUCCCUUCCACAAGGACAAAGAGAACAGUGUACAAGAAACUAUGAAAUAUUUGCUUCAAAAUAAGAGUGCCCCCGCCUCAAAAUUACUCUUGGGAGUGGCUUUUUUUAGCAACGGCUAUAUUGUAAAGAAAAAGGAACGCUCUUCGGGUAAAAACGUUGUUAAACUUUACCAAAGCGCCCCAUAUCGGCAGAUAAGUUAUAACGGUCUAUGCUCGUUGCUGGAGGAAACGGAGUUUUGGUAUCAGAAGCAUUUGGAAGCAACUUAUAUCAAAUAUGGUGGUAUUUUUGAGAGCUUUGAAAGUCCCAUGACACUUGCAGUCAAGACAGAUUACGUAUACGAAUUGGGUCUUGGAGGUAUAGCCGUUUGGCUAUUGGAACACGAUGACUUUGUGGGUGGGUGCGGUCAGAGUUAUCCCCUUAUGCGUUUGAUUCAUGAGAGAAUGAGUUGCGAGCUGGAUUAUGAUGGUGGAUUGGGGUUUCUGUUAACCACCAUCAUAGUAAGGGAGUAUGCCAAUCUAGACAUUCUGUUUGUAACACCUCAAAAUGCCAUUAGUUUAACGUGUCCAUUUAUGCCUCUGACAGAGUGGUGGCUCCCCGAAUGUCUAAGCAUGGUGUAUCUAAGCCUAUUGAUGUUAUUCGCUUGCUCAUGCGAUGCAUCCAUCAUUAAGUUAUCGACAACGAGCUCUUAUAAGCCAAUCAUAAAUUGUUAUCAUGGCUUAUGGCAUUACAACUAUAGAUCAAGCAAAAGCUUCUUUAAGCAUUUAAAGCUCGACACUUUUAAUAACUCUUACUGUACACAUUUAAGUUUUGCCUACAUUGAGGUGGCAGAAAUUAAAUCGAUCUUAAAGCGAAAGCCAAAAACAGACAACAUAGACCGAUACAAAUUGCAACAUCCCCAACUGAAAUUAAUUGCUGUUAUUGGUGGGCCUCGUGAUAAUUCAGCUCGUCUUUCUGAGAUAGCAGCUAAUCCGAAGGGCAGGGGAGUCUUUAUAAAGCUUGUCAUCCAACUUACCAAAUAUUUGGGCUUUCAUGGUGUGGAGUUGCAUUGGCGUCGUUUGGGUCCACUUCCCAGAGACAGAAUGAACUUUGUCACAUUGACCAGGGAAAUGUAUGAGAGUAUGAUGGAUUUCAAUUUCACAUUUGGCAUAUCGGUAAGAGGUGAUGUCAAAUAUGCCCGCUUAUGGUAUGAUGCACCCAAUCUUAAGGCCAAUGCCGAUUACAUCAAUGUUUUGGCCUAUAACUACUCCAAUACCAAUGUUGAUUUGUAUCAUGCACCUCUCUAUGAAAGUGGGGGACAUAAUAUUGCUGCUUCCAUGGCCUAUUGGCUGGGAAAUGGCACCCCUCCUCAAACGUUACUCUUGGGCAUAGCCUUCAUUGGCCGCUCUUUGAUAAUGAAAUCAGAUGAUAAUGUUCCAUAUCGACGCGGCCAUUGGUCCAAGCGAAGGGUUAAGGCAUAUCAUGAGAUAUGUUUGGAUGAAAAACUCAUUGGCAGCCGUUAUGCCGAAGAAGUGGGGGCCACAUUUCUAAUUAAUAACAAUACCUGGACCGGUUAUGAGUCUCGUCAAUCUAUUGACAUAAAAAUGCAAUUUGUUUACAAGGCUAGUCUGCGUGGUGUUGGCAUAUGGACCAUAGAAAAUGAUGAUGUAUUUGGUAUAUGCGAUGAGUCAUAUCCGUUAUUGCGAAUGGUCCAUAAAAAGUUCAAUGACGAUGAAAGAUGGAUUGUGGAGGAGUGAAAGUGAAAAAAAAAACAAAAUUGUAUUUUUAAAAUUUUAACAAUAAAUGCUACAAAAUCUUUAAACUCCACCAA